CCACUUCCUAUAGGUCCAAUAUGCCUAUUGGGACUCGGAGCUGGACUGCUGUGGAGGGGAAAAGAUGGCGAAGCAUCAGUGACAAAAGAAGGAAGCCUUAAAAUACUUAAUAACAUUAAUAAAAACAUCCUUCGAACAUGCCAUUUGUUGGUAUUUCUUGGUGCACCAUCAGACUCGGAAAAUCUUACUGCAGCUUUUGUAAAGAACAGAUUGCUUGAUCACGAGAUACAAAUUAAAAACAUUAGCAGCGAUACAAGUAGAAAAGUUAUGAGAGCAACGGUAUUCAAUAACAACAGUUAUAAAAAUAAAUCAUUUAAAAAUAAUAACAGUGUAAUUCGCAAGCUAUUUAAGGGAAAGGGAAAAUUGAAUAUCAAGUGUCAUUACUGUGGCAAAGAUAUUAAAAAAGAUUGUUAUGCGUAUUAAAGAAUAAUAAAUGAUAAAAAUAAGGAAAAUAACAAACAGGAAAAAAUAGUAACAAGUAGUAAAUCGAUUUUAUAAAACUGGCGAAAAGGUGAAAUUUAUCUUGGAUUCUGGUGCUACAGAUCAUCCCGUAAAUGACGAGAAACUCUUCAUGGACUACAUCGACCAGGAGUCGCCUAAAAAAUGCUGUCGCCAAGCAUGGCGAAUUCAUUUUUGCAACGAAGUUUGAGAUUGUGCUCUAGUGCCAGGAUGUUGCAGAGAACUUAAUUUCUGUCAAGCGACUCCAGGAGGCUGGUAUGACUGUUAUGUUUGGCAGUAACGGUGUAGAGAUAUUCAAGAAUGGAUCUGUUGUGGCUGAGGAUCCAGAUCAAAUAUAUACAAUUUGAUAUAUUGGUAAUUCUGGCAACUAUUAGGCUUGGAAAUGCCAACUAUCUAGGUGCUCGCAGUCGAGAAAGAAAUUUAAACAAUAACAACGGAGCUAAAUCUGAAGAAUCAGCACAUAUCGUAAAUUCCGGCGGUGUAAGGACAGUUGGGGAAGUAUUUGUGCCAAAAACAUUUUCCCUCAACUCACAGGAGCCAACAUGCGAACAGCUUCGUGCCAUGUGGAUAUUUUCAAAAAGGCAAUCCCGAGCUGCAGAAAUCACGAAUGAAAUACCAACGUACCGGGACCCCUUUACUUAUAAUGUUUGGGAACCGCUUUUAUUGAACUCACGAAUGCUCGGAUCGCUGAGAAUGAGCGCGAGAGAAAGAGCCAGGUCGCCCGUAUUUGGCCGUGUUGUCAACCGAGAGCCAAAUGCACCACAACGCGUUCCAUUUGAACACCAUCAAAGAUUGGUUGAACUUGGACCAGGUUCAAGUCAAACUCGGUAUUACGGAGCUGAAUCGCGACCACAAAACGGUGCUUCUUCCUCAUCACGCAGAUCAAGUAAAAAUCGAUAUAUGGGAGUCCCAAAUGGUACCGGCAAUAAUGCAAAAGAAAGUCAAAACUCAGUUGCUAUACAAGGCAGUUUUCAAAAGCUCAAAGAGUUAAUAUGGACUGAGAGAGCUAAGGAAUUAACAGAGCAACGUAGAGAUGAGGAGUUGGCUGCACGUGCUGCAGCCCUUAAAGAAAUUGCUAACGGGAAAAACGUUCUAUCGAAUUAUAAUCCUCAAGCCGCUAGCCCAUCUGAUUCCAUAUUAAUGGAUGAAAAUCGAAGCCCUGAUGGAAAUAGUUACCAAUAUAGUGACGUUAAUCGCAUGUCAAUUCUAAAUGAGCAAAACUUUCGGAGCGACAAAAGUAAUAAAAAUAGACAUAGGACUGGCGCCAGAGCAACCACACGACGCAUUGGCAAUUCCGCUUCUUACAAUAAAAAAGAAAGUCUAGCUAAUAAGGAACAUAAAACAUUAUUUCCUGGAAAUAAUCGCGCCGCCCGCAUAAAAAUUCCAUCAACUGAGCUUUUUUCAAGUGAUUCCACCGAAAGAGAUCAUUCAGUCAUUGGUAUUCCGAGGACAUACCCAAUACGAAAAUCCCACUUCAGAGAGCGAAAUCGAUCCCUUCUAAAUGAGCCGCAACCUAACGACCACUUCCAUCGCAUUCUUAGAGGACUAACGGCAUGGCCUUUUAAAAAGUCUUCACAGGAAAUUGACCAAAGUAAAUUUACAUCUAUUGGAAAUACGUUAGGCCGUCAACUUGAUGUACUCGGACAUUACAGUAAGCAAAAGGAUAACAAUUAUUUUACAUCUUUAGAGAAUAAUGAUAACCUAAAAAUGUUGAAUGAACAAAAACCAGAAACUGAUGAAUUUGAGUUGGGAUCAUACGAUUACGAUUAUUAUUAAAGAAUCUGUUGUACCUAAUGAGACCUGAAAAUGUUUGUGGAAAAAUUUAGUCUCUUUAUUUUUAAUUGAUAUUCAUCAAAGUAAAUUUAAAUCCAAAUUGUAAAUACAUUUGAAUGUUAAUCAAUGUCACAUGACAUUAUUACCACUAAAGGCUUUUUCAAAACUUUUUAAUUUACGAGGAAUUUAAAUUGAAGCUAUUCAAAUUGGUUUUAUUGUAAUAUAAAAAGUCCAGUAUCUACUGGAUGUCAAUGUAAAUCAGUAAAUUAGUUAAUAGUUAAACCUCAUUGUCAAUACUAUGCAAAAAAUUUAGAGAAGUCUUAAAAAACUUUUCACAUAUUAGAAAAUUGAGGGCUUGGUCAAGUAUUUAGUUCGUGCGCCAUUAUCGUUCUCUAUAUACCUGCAAAAGAAUUAUAAUAAUAACACAACUAAAUACAUUGAACUAUCUAUUUCAGAAAACCGAAGGCUUAAUAUUUAAAUGCAUUUUUUAGUUCAUAUGUUUUUUAUAUACAUAUAGCCCUUUAAAUUAUAAAGCCUGACGUGCGUAUCAAAUGUUAAAGUUUCAAUUUUUGCACUGUUUAGCCCAGAUUUUAAAAUUCACCAGGCUUUUAAUAUUGUCAGCCAUUUCAUGUAAUAUUUUCAGUUAAUACAACAAGUUAUAAGGAUGCACACCAUAUUUCGAGCAGACCUACCGAUAUCUGAUAGGUUUUUAUGAAAAGUGCAAAAUAGCACAGUGUAAAAACUCUUGUCAGAUAGCAUACAUAUAUUUUUCGAGAGAUAACAUGUUUACGUACCUAGAUAAUGUUACGUUUGGAAUUCAACUAACAAAAUGCUUCCAACCAAUAACAAUCAAUUGCAAAUAAGAUAUUAUGGGCUAUUCAGUCAAUAUCAAUUCCGAAUUUCGGAAGCCAUAUUAAACAUUUAAAUGCUAAUCAAUUCCACUUUCACGGAAGUACCUACUUAAAAGUUAAAGUUUACUAAUCAUUAACUGAAAACAUAUCACGAUCUAUAAGUAGACAUUACUUUCCAGAUACAUAAAGAAAUAAUAAAAACAUAUUUUCGGCCUGAAACCAAAACGGGAUGUCAAUAAAAUUAAUCUUAUUUAGACUUUUGUACUUAUUUACUUAAAGUACGUUAACCGACGAAUGCAAUACAAUCAGCACUAAACUAAUGAAACCAAAUACAUACAUUCACAAAAAUAUUCAGUUUUGGAUCGUUGGUUCGGCUUUGUGCCCAUAAUAUAGAUAUCCAUUUUUACAUAAAUAUCCUUUUUAAGCACGUGCCAACAAUCGUUAAAAAUAAUUUAGAGUAAAACUUAUGUAACUCCAAUGUCUGUAACUUGGAGAUCGCUGCAAAUAUAUGCUAAUCCCUAUAUUUAUUCAAAGUUUUUGAAUUUUCGAUUUUAGUUUAGCUGAGUGGUUUAAGCUAGCUUACUAGAAAUGAUCUAUGCAAAAAUGCAUGUAAAAUUUAACAUAUCGAACUAUUAUACAAACUUUUAAUAAAAAAAUGCACUGUAUUGGCCUAUUAUAAACUAUUGCAUAUGUAUAUAAAGAGUAUAAUAGAAAAUAACUUGUGUAAUAUGAUAAUACUUGGUGAAACGUUACCUAGAUCAAAACUGCGUACCACUGAAAGCUUUGAUCAAUCUAAAAUCACCUGGUGUUCAAGUCCAAAACCUUAAUUAUACUCACCUUAUUCAUAGUAAUAACUUAUUAUUAAUCGUACAGAAUGCCCGCGUUCACCAGCACAACAUAUCAAAGGCAAGUUAAACCUAAAGGCCAAACCUUUUUGGUCAUUAAUCUAAAUAAAUACAUUUUAUUUUACCAUUUUCCAGUAAACUACGACAUUUUAAAAAAAUUUACGACUUGGAGGUUUUUUAUUUUAAUUUCGCAAGUACAAAUCUUCUCUGAUAAUCAUUCUAUUACAUAUACUGGUUUAAAAGGUGCCGCUAAUGGGAUUAGUAUUAUUUUCUGAUGCAGUUUGACCCCCUGAAUUAGGAAAUGAUAAUUUAACAUUAUUUUAAAAUCUGAAUUUCUUUGCUAAUCUUUAAAUGAAGUAUGCUUUCCAAAAUUAAAAUAGGUGCUGUUACUAGAAAAAUUACCAGCUUAGUUACAACGGUCUUAGCAGAACUCGACAUACAAUAUAAAAGAAUGAACUCAUGAACUGAUAAAAAAAUUAACAAAUAUA